AUGCCUUCUAAAUUCACUGAAAUACUUGAUCCCCAACAUCGAACAACAUCCCCUCAGGACGAUGUACGACUAGAGGACAUUAUAGGUGCCGCCAACAUGUCAGUUCGAGAUCGAACAUCCUCCGAGGCCAGUUCAACAAGUCCCAGUUCGUCAAGUGCGGAUGGCGACAAUAUCGAGGAGAAGCCGAGGAGAAAGAGGCUCUCACGGUUACUGUCAGGUGGCAAGCGAUGA